UCCUCCGUUUGUUUUUGGGACUCCACUUUUUAAAUAUAAAUAUAUUUUAUUAUUAUUAAAUUCAGAAGAUUAAGAAAACUGUUAUUCUGCAAAAAAAUUUACAGCCAUAUUAAUUUUGUUUUAUUUUUGUACAGUAAUAACAGGCUACUGUAAGAUUAAGGUGUCGCUGUCGCCCGACCCAUCGCUGUGGUUCGCCCCUGUCAGUGUGAGUGCGCGCGCGUACAUGCGUGUGUCUGUGUGUGUGUCUGUGUGUGUGUGCGUGUUUUACAGGAGCAGCGGCUCGCUGUUGAGGAUUACUACUGAUAAUACGCAGUAGACUUCUAGCUGUCAAACUGACAACUAUGUGUUGGACAGAGCAGCCAGUUUGUUGACAUUUAUUCACUUUGCUUUGCGCGUCUUCUUCUCCUUGUGGAUUAUCGCUGCCCAGCAACACAGACGGACUGGGAGACAGACAGACAGGGAGACAGACAGACAGGGAGACAGACAGACACCUGACAACUCUGAAUGUCGUAAUUAAGAUGAAUCAAUAAGUCAGCAAUGGAGACCAAGGAAUACCAAAGCUUCUUUGAUGGAGAGGAUUCAGAAAACAAAUGGUCUCAAGCCCCCGGCAGUAUGGAGUACUGCUGCAGCACAGAGGACUCAAGUCUGACAAGCAGCGAUAUCCUGAUGGACAUGGUCAACGUCAGUUGCCCUGCUGGAAGCCCGACUGCCGACAGCAAAGACAAAAACACUAAGAAGCAGGAGCAGCCAAUGCUUCAGCUCAGCCAGAGCCAGCCAUUUGUUCUCCCGCACUUCAACAACUCCCUGCUUGGUCACAAGCAGGAAAUGGACUCCAAGGAGCUUUCCAAGACUGUAGCUGAGUCCAUGGGCCUGUAUAUGAAUGCUGCCAGGGAGGCGGACUUUGCUUUUAGCCAACACGGAGGCGGCGCAAGCCCGGGAAAGCUUUAUCCCGUUUGUGGAAGACCCCUCGAAGAAAACAAGUGUGGCUCCACAAAGAGCCCUAAGUUAAAGCCAUUUGGCUUCCAGCAGACCAGCGUCACCCCUAGAGAAUGCAGCACUGGGACUCCAGUUAGCUCAGCAUCUAUGCUUGCUUCCUCUCUGUCUUGCAGUCCCAGGACCUCCAGCUGCAUUUCCAGCCCUGGAGGGAGUAACAACAUGGUGUCGUCUACCACCAGCCCUCCUACAUGUUUCGGACAGUUAUGCUCGUCUGCCAGUAGUCCUGGAAGCCAGACUUCAUGUGCUGCCACUCUAGCCAACAUCAAGCGCAGGAAUUCAGCCACUUGUAGCCCUGUGGAAUCCAGCACUGUUGGGUCACCACCACUCACCAGCCCCCUAAAUGUCAUGAGGUCACCCAUGUCCAGCCCACAGAGCAUGAGUAGUGUGAGAUCACCACCAUCCUGCAGCACUACAUGUAACAUCAGGUCGUCUGUUUCAAGCCCUGCAGGUGGCAGCUGUACUGGCACUACCAGUAACACAGUAAGACCCUCCAUAUCUAGUCCAGCCACAGGGGGGGCUAUGCCUGUCAGCAGCCCCCAGAACCCCUCUUCUACUGGGUUUCCUGUGUCCAGUCCUGCUGGGGGACUGGGAUUAGUGCAGAAUGACUCUAACAGCCCAGAAGCGGCAGGGGUGACCAGAGACACAGACUUUAAAAACUUUGAGUUUCCUAAAGUAGAGAUGGCUGACAGGGAGGCGUUCAGCAUUGGUUUGGACCAAAUGGGCAUGGUUAAGUACAUUAAGAAUGAGCCUGGGACUGACUUCAGGAGCACAUGUUUGGGCAGCUCCAAAUGUAACGUGAGCAGCACCCCUUUUAUCACGCAGAUCAAGACUGAGCCAAACAAAAGUGAGGGAUGUGUGAACCAGCAGUCCUACAGUGAACAGUCACCAUCUCUUGGCCUCUUCCCUGCAUCUGAGACCACAUAUCUGUCCUUGAGGAAUAACAUUGAUGAAUACAGUCUUUCUGGGAUCCUAGGACCCCCUGUGUCUUCUGUGAAUGGGAGCUACGAGGCAGACUUGUUCUCCAGCGUCAUGUCUAAAGGGGUUAAGCAGGAGUCCACUGACGACAGCUAUUACCAGGAGAAUAACAACAUGUCUACGUCCGCCAUUGUUGGAGUUAAUUCCGGAGGACACUCAUUCCAUUACCAAAUUGGAGCACAGGGAGCAAUGUCCUUCACACGGCAUGAUGUGAGAGACCAGUCCAACCCAUUGUUGAACCUGAUUUCACCUGUAACGGCAUUAAUGGAGUCAUGGAAAUCUCGACCAGGCAUGUCACAGGGGUCUCUGUCAGGCAGAAGUGAGGGAUACUCUGGACCGAACUGCAUCGCUGACAGCAUGUCCAGCUCGCCACUCAGACAACCCUCGUCGACGGCCAAAGUAUGUCUGGUUUGUGGGGACGAGGCAUCAGGGUGUCACUACGGCGUCGUGACGUGUGGAAGCUGCAAGGUCUUCUUCAAAAGAGCUGUGGAAGGCCAGCACAACUACCUGUGUGCUGGAAGAAAUGACUGCAUCAUUGACAAGAUCCGAAGGAAAAACUGUCCGGCAUGUCGUGUACGGAAGUGCCUCCAGGCUGGGAUGAACCUUGGAGCACGGAAAUCUAAAAAGUUGAAGCUGAAGGGAGUUAGCGAAGACCUGCAGAGCUCUAAAGAUGGCCAGAUAGCCUCAGGUGGCAUCGGAGGUGGUUACCUGUCCUCAGAAAAGGAGCUGAACACCAGCGCUGCCAAUGCCCUCGUGCCCCACGGGCCCGGGGUGGUCGCACCUUUCCUGCCCCCCUCCAUCAGCAGCGUGUUGGAGCUGAUCGAGCCUGAAGAGGUGUAUUCCGGCUACGACAACACGCAGCCCGACACAACCGACCACCUGCUGUCCAGUCUCAACCGCCUGGCCGGAAAGCAGAUGGUACGCAUGGUGAAGUGGGCCAAAGUACUUCCAGGUUUCCGUGGCCUGCCCAUUGAGGACCAGAUCACCCUGAUCCAGUACUCAUGGAUGUGUUUGUCCUCCUUCUGCCUCAGCUGGCGCUCCUACAAACACACCAACGGACAGAUGCUUUACUUUGCUCCGGAUCUCAUCUUUAACGAGGACCGCAUGCGGCAGUCGGCCAUGUACGACCUGUGUCUGGGCAUGAGACAAGUGAGCCAGGAGUUUGUUCGAUUGCAGCUAACAUACGAUGAGUUCUUGUCAAUGAAGGUCCUCCUGCUUCUUAGCACAGUUCCUAAAGAGGGUCUGAAGAACCAGGCGGCGUUCGAUGAGAUGAGGGUUAAUUACAUCAAGGAGCUCCGGCGUUCGGUAGGAAAAGCGACCAACAACUCGGGCCAAACCUGGCAGCGCUUCUUCCAGCUCACCAAGCUGCUGGACGCCAUGCAUGAUCUCGUGGGGAACUUGUUGGACUUUUGUUUCUACACCUUUCGGGAGUCGCAGGCCCUAAAAGUGGAAUUCCCUGAAAUGCUGGUGGAGAUCAUCAGUGACCAGAUACCAAAGGUGGAGUCAGGCCUCACUCACACAAUCUACUUCCACAAGAAGUGACUUUGCCACUCAGCUUGAAUGAAACCGACAUGAAGCACUGGAAAAGAGGAGAAAGAGGUUCAUGAACAGGGGGAAAAACAAACAAAAAAAAAGAAAAAUAGGCAAGAUUGAACCUGACCUGGUGGCCCUCGCCCUGUUGUCCUGUGUCUCCGAGACCUCGAGUGGGACGACAAGAGUUCAGUGACGUGGCGACGGAAGCAAAACACGGGAGGAUGUCAUCCUGCAGUCACUAUGAGAACUUCAGAACUGUGAAUAGUUGGGAGAAGUCACAUCUGACGAGUAAAUUGUGACGAAGCAUUCAGAUGUACGCCCAUGCAAUCCUGCCCCAAAGAUAACAGUAUUUUUUAAGGAGAUAAAGCCAUAAGUCACUUAGAAUGCAUUAGGCUCACAGAAGAGUUGAAGGAAAACGAUACACUAAUGUCCACACGCCUUCACACACAUCUAAAUGAGAUCCGCUCGCAAAUCUAGCAAAAGAUUUUUACGAAUAUAUUAAAUCUAGCUUAUGCAGUCUUUCAAACUUAAUAGCACUAGGAGCAAAUAAACCAGUACUAACAUUAGCUUUUCAACAUAGCAUAGCAGGUGAACUACAGGGCAUAGAAGUGUACACGAAGGCACAGACGUUUUGAACGGUACACUGCAAAAACUGUCCAUCUUACCAAAUUUUAAAAUCUUAUA